AUGGUCCUUACCCAGUCCACCACCCCAAGUGUCUCCACGAUCAAAGCAAAGAAGGACGUCCAGACGGAGUUGGUCUACUGGGAGAAGCUUCCAGGUCGCACCAAGGUCAUUGAUUUCCGUACGCCGGAGGGAGAGGCGGAAUACAAAAACAUUGAUCAGUACAAUGAGACGCACACAGCCCUUAUUCGGGACAUUCGCGGCGACGAAGCCAGCUACACGCUGGAAAAGAACGGAUUCCAGUAUUUCAAGCACGAGGUGACCGAGCUGGAUGACUGGUCCAAUGAAAAGAAGGUGGUUGAUAUUCUCAUCCCGAAGACGGAAGAGCUAGUCCGAGAAGUGACUGGGGCAACCAAAAUCAUCACGUUUGCCCAUCGCAUCCGCUGCUUUGCUUCGCACGAAGCACAGCUCGCUGACAAUCGCGCUCCAGCUCACAGCGUGCACUCGGACUUCACGGCCGUGGGUGCGGCACACCAUGUUGAGACGCUCGUCACUGACCCUGCCGAGCUGGAGCGUCUUCGCCAGACACAUCGUGUGAUGGCGAUCAACAUCUGGCGGCCUCUCAAGCCUGUCCGCCGCGACCCCCUUGCCGUGUGUGACUGGCAGACUGUCGACUGUGAGGAUGAGUGGAUCAAGAACCGUUUCAUCUUCCCCUCAAGCUGGAACGAGUUGGGCAAGAUCGCCCACAGCGACCGCCACGCCUGGUACUACCUGAGCGACCAGCUGCCCUCGGAACCUCUCGUCUUCGUCCAGUACGACAGCUCCCGCACUGCCGAGGGUGGGAGAACCCUCGCACAUAGCGCUUUUGUCGAUCCCAACUCGCCGGCCAACUGCCCGCCGCGCGAGAGUCUGGAGAUCAAGUUGUUUGCAUUCGUUCCUCUCUAG